AUGCACAGGCAACAAUGGCGCUGCCUUCUGGCCGUCGCUGCCCUUGCAACUUCUGUGCUUGCAAAUCCUCUUAGACUCGGGAAUAUCACCAGAGGAACAAGCUGGAACUCACAAUCUCUAAUAAGACGAGAUGAUGAUGAUGAUGUGUUCGAUGCCGCAGACCUGUCUUUCAUCAAAUCAAUGGCAGCCGUCGGUGAUUCUUAUUCGGCUGGAAUUGGCGCCGGUAGUCGACUGGGAAUAAGUGACUGGUCAUGUAGUCGCUAUGAUUCCUCGUAUCCUUAUCUCAUUCAUACCGAUGAGCGACUUGGUGAUCAAGCAGCACGCACAUUUCAGUUCGAGUCAUGCUCGGGGGCUGUCAUAGACGAUGUUAUCAAGAACCAAAUCCCAAAUAUCAACGCUGACCAGCAAGUAAUCUUAGUCUCGGCUGGCGGUAAUGACGCCGAGCUUUCAAAAAUUCUAAACCAAUGCAUCUUCCAGUGGGCUGUAUUCAAUUCUGACCAGGUCACCAAGGCUAAGACAGCUGCUCUUGCUAACCCAGAGUAUUCUUGGGCCAAGUCUUACGACUGGGAUGCCUUGGGCCGUGGAUGUGCCGGACAGUUGACUCGAACAAAGAACAUCAUUGCCAGUGCCGGGUUCAGCAAGAGCCUAGAUCAGGUUAUUUCAGCCGCAAAGCUGAAACUAUCAUCAGACGGAAUGAUCUACUAUACCGGAUAUGCCAAAUUUUUCGCUGAAGAUUUAUCAUCUGCAUGUGAUAAAGUUAGUUGGUCAACCUGGAUUUAUAAAUUGGCCAAUAUGUUCCAGCCCGAAGCGAAGCUUACGAAACUGAAUCGACAAUCGAUGAAUGAUCUUGUCGAUGAUGUCAAUUCUCAAAUUUCUGCUGCGGUCAAGAGAGCAGGUAACCAGGUCAAGUUUAUAGACUAUGACCAAUACGUGGGUCUUUGGGGUGGACGCUUUUGCGAAGAGGGUGUUGAUGAGUCAACAUCAGAGAGUAACACUAGAAAUGGCCUCAUGUUCUAUGAGCUCAACACCUGGGAUCUUCUUGGCCUAAACCCUUGGAAGCGAAGUCCCGACGACCACCCAGAAGCCUCAUUUGAAGGUUCCGUGAAUCAAUAUGCAGAGAUUACACGCUUGGUAGAUCCAGACGCGAAUUUAGCCGAUCAGGCCAUGGUUUCUGAUGAAACCUCCGCUUCCACUGCUGCCUUUGCCCAGUCCAAAGUAGCUGUUAAAGUGGCCUCCGAGUCAGACUCUGGUAUCUCGAUUCCGAAUAUUCUACCUGACGGAUAUGGUCGAGUCUUUCACCCCCAACCGUUACUCCACCACCUUAUUGCUUCGCUGGUGAUUUCUAAAAUGACAGAUAAAAAUGCGCAGGAUAAUGGCUUCGACGCUAUUCCAGAGUUAGCAUCGUCUGAUUCCUGCCCUUACUAUCCAUCUUCAAACUCUUCGGGUGGUCAACAAAUUGCUGUCGCAUCUUAUAUCAAUCCCCUUGCAGAUUCCGCUGCAUGGGACCGCCUCAUCGGAUAUUCUGAUCACAGAAUGCCUAUUAUAAUUGCCAAUGUUGUGAAUGGACCUGAUUCUUCCAAAGACACGAAUUGGGCCGAUGUCAUCAGUCGGGGUUCCUCUUCUGGGAAGAUUGUUCUUGGCUAUGUGAGAACAGGAUAUCUUGGCGUGAGCAUCCAAAAAUUCAAAACACGGCUUGGGUCAGGGGAUCUGGCAGAUUGGACCGCCCAAAUUGAAGAGGAUAUUGAUAUGUGGUAUAGCCUUUACGGCGACGACAUAGGUGGUAUCUUCUUCGACGAGGGCUGGCCCGAAUGUGGCGACAACAAUGAAUAUGUGAAUCUUUAUAAGUAUAUCAACAACUUCACCAAGCGCAAGCACCCCGGAGCUUACACUAUUCUCAAUCCCGGCUCGCCAAUGGCAUCUUGUUUCGAGGACACCAUGGACACAUUGCUGACGUUCGAGCUGGACUACCGAGCGUAUACGGAAGCUUACACCCCCAAUGACUGGACACCCAAAGACCCCCGCAAGCUGUGGCAUAUCAUUUACAACGUGCCGGAAAGCUCAAUUGACGAAGUGAUACAAUUGUCCAAAAAGCGUGGAGUUGGCUUCGUUCAGCUCACGAACGACGUUUUGCCCAACCCCUACGAUAACCUUCCAGAUGCAAGUUAUAUGAAAACUUUCAUGAAUGCAGUUGAUGGUGGUUCACCCAAGAACAGUGAUGCAUCAUCCUGGAAGUCUGGAGACAGCGCUGGGUCCGUUUCCGGCCUAUCAAUUGUCAAAUCCGAUUAUACCUCUGCCCAAUUAUCCUGGGAUUCAGCCUCGAAUGCCCUCGGAUACAACGUUUACUCAGGAAGCGACAUUGUUGCGAGCCUUCCAAGCUCAAUGGAGAAGGUUACUCUUGGAGGCCUCUCGCCUGGCGCCAGUCACUCUUUUAAGGUAUCAGCAGUGGGAGGAGGUGGCUCGGAAGGCACAUUCUCUGAUGUUGUCACAGUCAAGACUGAAGCUUUGCCCAAAGGAAGAACAGUUGCGAACUGGGAAUCUACUCCUGGGACAGACUCGACUGUGAUCAAGGCUGAUGUUCUGGUUCCUUAUGCCUUUGUUCGCAUUUAUAUCUGGGACUCGGUGGGAUGUGACUUCGAUGAGAAGCCUGGAUGGAGUGUUAACUUUUUAGUUGACAAAUACGUCUGCACCCACUAUAUGGUAGAGGAUACAUUCCUUUACAAAUAUAGCGGUACCCUUCCUGAGGGGUCAACAGCGCCACCUUGGUCAUGGGAAAUGGUCGGCGAGGUCAAGGUUGAUAUCAAGGAUUACACCUACACGUGGACAUUGCCCAUUGGAACUUCGACGACUGAUACUAGCAAAUACUUGAUCCAGACACAGGGUUACAAUGAAGCAGACAAUUUCCUUGAGCCUGACCCCACUCAUUACGACUGUGAUGGAUCCGGCAUGUGCAAGACUGCGGGCAUGUUGAAAUUUUGUGACCAUGCCGUCAACUAUCUACACCGCGAUGACACACCUUUCUACAAUACAAAUGGUGGGUCUACUCUCACGGGAAACUGUUGGGGUGAUCAGACUCGAGGAUGUGGUGUUUUUAUUCAAGGCUCAAAUUGCUCCAUUAGUGGUAACGAUAUGUGGAAUGACUAUCAAAGAAUCCGCACAAUCGGUGGUUGUGCCAAGUGUGGUUCGUUUCGCAGAGAAGACGGCUGUUUGGUUACCAUCAACUACGUCUAUCAAUGCGACAACCACAGCUAA